UCAUCAUUCAGUUGAGGUCUGCUCGUCGAUCCAAUCGGUGAUACUAUUUAUUUAGUUCGCAUUUAGUCCGCGUUUUGUGAAAUUUUUACACCCGCUUUGGGAAGAUAACUAAGUACUUACUUCCUUCCUUAAUUGCGUUGCGUUACUAACGCUUAGUCCGCCGGUGUUCAAAGCUACUGCAUACUUGAAUACUCCGUAAAACUUGGCAGAUAAUAAAGUCUGAAAACGCGAAACUAAAUACGAAACAGCAAAAUGGCAAAAUUCGUACUUAUUGCAACGUGCCUUGUGUUGGCGUCGAGCGUGCGCGCCCAAGAACUGAAAGUCGAUGUCGUCAGUACGCCCGAGGUGUGCGAACAGAAGUCGAAAAAUGGUGAUAUGCUGACGAUGCAUUACACCGGCACGCUGACGGACGGCAAGAAAUUCGAUUCGAGCUUUGACCGCGAUCAACCCUUCACAUUCCAAAUUGGUGCUGGCCAAGUGAUAAAGGGCUGGGAUCAGGGUUUACUGGACAUGUGCGUCGGCGAGAAACGUAAAUUGGUCAUUCCUCCCGAGUUGGGUUAUGGUGAUCGUGGUGCUGGCAACGUCAUCCCACCAAAGGCCACACUCUUCUUUGAAGUCGAAUUGAUCAAUAUCGGCAACACUCCACCACCAACCAAUGUCUUCAAGGAGAUCGACGAGAACGGCGACAAGCAGCUGAGCCGUGAUGAGGUAAACGUUUAUGUCAGCGAAUAUCUUAAGAAACAAAUGACCGCCGUUGAAGGUCAAGACUCAGAGGAACUGAAAAACAUGCUCAAGGAGAACGACAAACUUGUUGAGGAGAUCUUCCAACACGAAGACAAGGACAAGAACGGUUUCAUCUCACACGACGAGUUCUCCGGUCCCAAACAUGACGAACUCUAAGUCAACGGCGACUGGCGAGUGGUGGCAAGGUUGCCAAAUAUACUUGUACAAUAGUAGUUAUAUUAAUGGGUAGCUGAAGCGUACGCUUCAUCCCACACUCAUACAUUCGCAACAACGCAAACACACGCGCACAUACGUUCACAAAAAUAUACAAACAUAACUUAAAAAAAAUAAUAAUUAAAAAACGAUUAACAAAUUGCAUUGUAGGAAAAUGAGGUUAAACAUAUGUACAUACAUAUGUAUGGUAUGUGCAUAAAAUAUUUUUACACGCAAGCGUUGAAAUGAAAUUAAAUAAAUUUGCAAAUACUUUUAUUUAUAACCGCGACACAAGAAUCUUCAUCUUUCAAAAAUUUUAAAGCAAGGCCUAGAACAAAAUCAAGGAACAGGCACUA